UCCUGACAAGCUUUCUCAGCGAUCUAUCUUAUCUCAACAAUCUCAAUCCAUUACUCGCACUCAGUGCUCCUGUUUCAUUAGCCUUUUCCUUCUGAAUCGCCAUUUCUGAACGCCAUUCUUGAUUCGCCAUGGAUCCGAACACGUUCACUCACAAGACCAACGAAAUCCUCGUCGAGGCGCGCGAGCUCGCCGAAUCCAACGGCCACCCGGAAAUCACGCCAGCGCACGUGGCGCUCGCGCUUCUGCAGGACGAGAACGGCGUUUUCCGCCACGCGGUGGCGCAUUCCAGCGUCAUCAACUACAACGCGUCCACGCCCGGCCACUCCCCGCGCGGCGAUGGCGACACCAUUCAAGCCUUCCAACGCGCCAUAAAGCGCCUCUUACAGAAGAUCCCCUCCCAGCAGCCGCCGCCAGACGAGAUCCAUGCGAAUCCCGUGCUCGUGAAGGCGCUGCGCAAGGCGCAGCAGAUGCAGAAGAAGGCGGGCGACUCGCAUCUGGCCGUCGAUUCGCUCGUACUCGCGCUGAUGGAAGACUCGCAGAUCGCGGAGGCGAUGAAAGACGCGGCGGUGAAUCCGGGGAAGGUGCGGGCCGCGCUGGAGCAGGCGCGCGGAGAGAGCAAGGUGCAGAGCGCGUCCGCGGAGGGGAGCUUCCAGGCGCUGAAGAAAUUCGGACGGGAUCUGGUGGAGGUCGCGGCGAAGCUCGACCCCGUCGUCGGCCGUGACGACGAAAUCCGACGAGUUGUGCGAAUUCUUUCGCGAAGGACGAAGAACAACCCGGUGCUGAUCGGCGAACCCGGAGUCGGCAAAACCGCGGUGGCUGAGGGACUCGCGCAGCGCAUUGCGCGCGGGGACGUGCCGAGCAACCUCCAGAACGUGCGGCUCGUCGCGCUCGACAUGGGCGCGCUGGUCGCGGGCGCGAAGUACCGCGGCGAGUUCGAGGAGCGCGUUAAAGCGGUCCUUAAAGAAGUCGAGGAGGGCGAGGGCCGCAUUAUUCUUUUCAUCGACGAAAUGCAUUUGAUCCUCGGCGCGGGCCGCACGGAAGGCGCCAUGGACGCCGCGAAUCUCUUCAAACCGAUGCUCGCGCGCGGGCAGCUGCGGUGCAUCGGCGCGACGACGCUUGAAGAAUACCGGAAGUAUAUCGAAAAGGACGCGGCGUUCGAGCGACGGUUCCAGCAGGUGCUUGUAGCGGAGCCGUCUGUACCGGAUACGAUCAGCAUUCUCCGCGGGCUGCGCGAGCGGUACGAGGGGCACCACGGCGUGCGCAUCCAGGACCGCGCGCUCGUCGUCGCGGCGCAGCUCUCCGCGCGGUACAUCACGGGUAGGCGCCUUCCGGACAAAGCCAUCGAUCUUGUCGACGAGGCGUGCGCGAACGUGCGCGUGACGCUGGAUAGUCAGCCGGAGGAGAUCGACGCGCUCGAGAGGAAGCGGAUUCAGUUGGAGGUGGAGCUACACGCGCUGGAGAAGGAAAAGGACAAGGCCAGCAAGGUGCGCGCGGACGAGGUGCGCGCGCAGCUCGGCGCGCUGCGCGAGCAGCUGCAGCCGCUGCAGCUGCGGUACCGGCGGGAGAAGGCGCGCGUGGACGAGCUCCGCCGCCUGCAGCGCAAGCGGGAGGAGGUGCUCGUGGCGGUGCAGGAGGCGGAGGCGCGCAUGGACCUCGCGCGCGUGGCGGAUCUCAAGUACGGCGCACUCACGGAGCUGGACGCCGCCAUCGCGCGCUACGAGAAGGAGGCGGAGGCCUCCGCGGCGGCGCUGGGCGACGCGGCCGGCCCGGGGAAGCAGAUGCUGACGGAAACCGUCGGGCCGGAUCAGAUCGCCGAGGUCGUCAGUCGGUGGACGGGUAUCCCGGUUACCAGACUCGGGCAGAAUGACCGCGAGCGGCUGUUACACCUGGCGCAGCGGCUGCACGAGCGCGUGGUCGGGCAGGACGAGGCGGUCCAAGCCGUUGCCGAGGCUGUGCUUCGGUCCCGAGCUGGACUCAGCAGGCCCGGGCAGCCCACAGGCUCGUUCCUCUUCCUCGGCCCGACUGGCGUGGGAAAGACCGAGCUAGCCAAAGCCCUGGCAGAGCAGUUAUUCGACGACGAGAACCAGCUCGUUCGCAUCGACAUGAGCGAAUACAUGGAGCAGCAUAGUGUCGCGCGGCUGAUCGGCGCACCGCCAGGGUACGUGGGGCACGAGGAGGGCGGCCAGCUGACUGAGGCGGUGCGGAGGCGGCCUUACUCUGUGGUGCUGUUUGACGAGGUGGAGAAGGCGCACGGGUCGGUGUGGAACACUCUGCUCCAAGUGCUGGACGACGGGAGGUUGACUGACGGCCGCGGCCGCACCGUUGACUUCAGCAACACUGUCAUCAUCAUGACGUCGAACCUCGGCGCGCAGCACCUGCUGGCAGGGCUGUCGGGAGAAGUCAGCAUGGAGGAAGCGAAGAAGGCAGUUCUUGGGGAAGUGAGGAAGCACUUCCGGCCCGAGCUGCUGAAUCGGCUGGAUGAGAUGGUGGUGUUUGAACCGCUCUCGCUCCCGGAACUGAGGAAGAUCGCGCGGCUGCAGAUGCGCCAGGUGGCGGCCAGGCUGGCGGACCGCGGGGUGGCGCUGGGGGUGUCGGACUCUGCUCUGGAUGUGGUGCUAAAGGAGGCGUAUGACCCGGUGUACGGGGCACGGCCGCUCAGGCGGUGGCUGGAGAGGAAGGUGGUUACCCAGCUGUCGAAGAUGCUGGUGGAAGGGAAGAUAGACGACAACUCCACCGUGUUUAUCGACGCUCAGAGUGAGGGUGCUGCUGCUGCUGGUUCUGGUGCUACAGGGAAUGGUGCUGGAGGGGAGGAGGUGGCGGUGAGUGGGCUGGUGUAUCGGGUGGAGAAGACCGGAGGGAUAGCAGCGGAGAAGGCCAAGGGGCGGCUUGGGAAGUUCUUGGUGCAGCCGGCUGAGGGCGAGGGGGAUGCCAAGAGGGCCAAGGUUGAUGGGGAGGAGGAUGAUGAUGUGGAUGAGAUGGAGGACUGAGAAGAAUGGCGAUGUGGGGGGAGGGCUAAGGUUGACGAUGAGGAUGAUGAUGAUGAUGUAGAUAAGAUGCAUGAAUGAGAGGAGAACACAUGCUGCAGAAAAUGGUACUGGUAGUGGAGAAGAGGGGGUGGCAGUGAGGGGGCUGGUGUAUCGGGUGGAGAAUAGUACAGGAAUAGCUGUGGGUGGUGGGCCAAGGUGGUUGAACAUGAUGAUGCUGUGGAGGAAGAUUCGAGGAGAUGGAUGGAUGGCUCUGCUGAACAAUGAAGGGUGAAGCUCGGUAUUAUUGUAUUGAAGAUGUGGGGAGUUAUGUUUGUUUGUCAGUGUCAUAUGAAGGGGUUCCUUGCCUUGUGCGUAGGGUUCCCUGCCAUGUGC